AUGCCUCUUCCACCACCCCACAACGGCUAUGCUUUCCCCGGCCUAGACAAUCUCCAUAAUGAUAUUUACCCCGCCAUCGCCGCGUCCUCGAAUUCUUCACUUCAACAAUCUGGAAAGGUCGUCCUCAUCACCGGCGCCGGCCGGGGCAUAGGCCGUGCUACUGCCCUUCAAUACGCUCAUGCAUCUGUCGGUUGCAUCAUUCUCUGCGCUCGCACGAGCAGCCAGCUUGACCAGGUAGAAAGCGAGAUCCACGAGGUCAACGGGAAGAUCAGAGUUCUGAAGUAUACUGUUGACGUCACUGAGGACGAAGAGGUCCAGAAAGUCGCACAAGACAUCAAAGAGAAGGAGGGGAAAUUGCAUGUGCUGGUAAACAAUGCUGGCGCAUCGAGUGCAUGGGUUCCUAUUGUGGAUACCGAGCCCGCAAAGUGGUGGCGCGACUUUGAGGUCAAUAUUAAGGGCCCAUAUCUGUUCUUACACGCUUGCCUCCCACUUCUGGUCGAAACCGCCGAGAAGAGCAAGACGACUGUUGACGUGAUCAAUGUGGGGAGCAUCGGCGGACAUACGACGGCUCCCGGUUCUUCAGCAUACGGAUCAUCCAAGUUUGCGCUGCUCCGAUUGACAGAAUUUGUGGACGUCGAAUACGCAAGCAAGGGGGUUAAUGUGGUCACGGUACAUCCUGGAGGUGUAGAAACUACAUUGAGUAAACAGGAACUGGAUAUUUUGCAGGCAUACUUGAUUGAUACACCGGAGCUGGCCGGUGGGUUCUUCGUGUGGUUGACGGCGGCAGCACGGACAUGGCUUGGCGGGCGUUACGUGGCCGCGACAUGGGAUGUUGAUGUGCUGCAGAGUAUGAAGACGGACAUCGUGAAUGGGGAUAAAUUGAAAGUUAAGAUGGUCGUUUGA